AUGGCCGUCCCCCGCGCAAUCCGUCAGGUCUUCCUGGCCAUCGAAAAAGCCGAAGGCGCCGGCGCGCGCGUCCGCCGGUCCAUCGGCACCCCCAAACUGCGCAACUUCAGCCCCUUCCUCAUGCUGGAUCACUUCACCAUCGGCCGCGGCGCAGGUUUCCCUGACCACCCCCACCGCGGCCAGGAAACAAUCACCUACCUGCUCUCAGGUGGCGUCGACCACGAAGAUUUUGCCGGGAACAAAGGCACCAUUGGCCCAGGCGACCUGCAAUUCAUGACCGCCGGCCGCGGCAUCAUGCACGCCGAGAUGCCCCGCGAGAACCCCGACGGCAGCCCCAACGUCGGCUUGCAGCUGUGGGUUGACCUGCCCAAGGAGCUGAAGAUGUGCGAGCCGCGGUACCGCGACCUCCGCGCGAGCGAGAUCCCUGUCGUGGAGGUCGACGACGGCCGCGUCACGGUCAAGGUCAUCUCGGGCCAGUCGCAUGGAGUCGACUCUGUGCGCGACCUGGCGUACACUCCUGUCUGGUUGUUGGACAUGACAAUCCGGCCGGGCGGUCGCAUCUCCCAGCCGCUGCCGGAGGGCUGGAAUGCCUUUGCGUAUACGCUCGCCGGGACGACCAUCUUCGGCUCGAAUGACGCCACGCGGGUCGUCAAGGAAUUCCAUAAUGUCGUCUUUGACCAGGCGGGUGGUUAUGUCGAGGCGUCGGUCCCGGAUAACGCCGAGUCAGAGUCCCGCUUCAUCCUCGUGGCCGGCCAGCCUCUGGAUCAGAAAGUCGUGCAGUACGGGCCUUUUGUUCUCACCAGCCAGGAGGAGGUCUACCAGGCCAUGCUCGACUACCAGACCGCAUCGAAUGGAUUCGAACGAGUCCGUGGGUGGGAGAGCGAGAUCGGCAAAAGAAUGACCUACUAA